GGCGCUUGCGCUCGCGCUGGCUGUGAGACAGAAGCAGGCUCUUUAUAAACACAGCCCGCCGUGUCAGUCCCUCACUCACUCAGUCAGUCAGUCCCUCGCUCGGUGGUGAUGUGCGGCACCGGGCAGGCGGCUGGAAGCUGUGCCCGGAGGGUGAGGGAGAGAGGCCGGGGCCAUGGAUGCACCCUGAUGGACACAGUCAGUGCACAGGCCCGCAGCCUCCCCCUCCUCUCCCCCUGCUCGUGUUAAUAGCCGCCCCCUUCCCCAGCCUGACCCGCACCGACCCCCUUCCACUUGCAGAGACCCUCCGUCUUUAUCCGUUGUUUUAGGGUGGAGGGGGUUGUAUUUUCAUCCCUCCGUUUAUUUUGGCCGCCCUCCCCUCGCCUUGCCCGGUGUUUAGGAUGUUUGCAGUGAGGAUUGUCACCGCUGACUACUACAUGUCCAGCCCUGUCAAGGGUCUGGAUGUCUGCUAUUCGGAAUUCCGGGAGAGUGAGGUGACCAGGGUGCCCGUGGUUCGGAUCUUCGGGCCGACACCUGCAGGUCAGAAGACUUGUCUCCAUUUGCAUGGCACGUUUCCAUACUUUUAUGUUCCAUAUGAUGGGUAUGGGCAGCAACCAGAACGGCAUCUUCGUCAGUUCGCUUUCAGCAUCGACCGAGCACUAAAUGUAUCACUGGGUAAUCCUUCCUCCAGUGUACAGCAUGUGUUCAGGGUAUCGCUUGUAUCGGGAAUGCCAUUUUAUGGCUUUCACGAGAGGGAAAAACAAUUCAUGAAGAUUUACCUAUACAAUCCUUUGAUGGUUAAAAGGGUCUGUGAGUUAUUACAAGGAGGAGCUGUUAUGAACAAAUCCUACCAGCCGUAUGAAGCUCAUUUGCCUUACCUCCUGCAACUCUUCAUUGAUCAUAAUCUGUAUGGCAUGAACCUUAUUCACCUUGCAGCAGUAAAAUUCAGAAAAACACAGAGAAAAGGUGACCAACAUGGAGAAUGCCUUCCUGAACAAACUGGUUUAGAAUUGAGCAACACCAAUGUCAAAGAGAAUGAAAAGUCUUGGAAAAGCCCUAUCUCCACCAAGUCUAAGGGAUCACCAGCAUCAACAGAGAAGUCCUUUACCUGUUCCUUUGUAAGAUGGGAGGAAAAUGACCUACCAAGUUCUUUAGUUCUUCAGGACAUUGAUCGGCAGAGCACUUGUGAACUUGAGGUAGAUGCUGUUGCAGCUGAUAUAAUAAAUCGUUCUGAAAUUGAAGCUCAGAUUGGCCGAAACCCUGGCUUGCAGGCCAUUUGGGAUGAUGAGAAACAGCGUCGCCGUGAGAACAAUAUGCCCUCUCAGAUUGAGUCACCUGAUUCACAAGACCGUGGACUUGUACAUCUUACAGAGAGUGAAAGGAUCUUUCAACGCAGAAUAAAGGAGAUCUUACAGCAAAAUAACUAUUCCAUUUUUCUGUCACAAUCUGUGGAGGAGAAUGAAGAGUUGGAAACACUGCCUUCUAAUGUAACCUUGCAUUUGGAUACAUCACCAUCUCCUGAUGGCCUUUCCUGCACACCUGCCAAUCUGGUUGAAAUACACAAUGAUGAGCACAGGGUGAGUCAAGGAAAUGCAGAGCCUGAAGAAGCGAUUGUUGAUGAAGAAACUAUUCUAAGCAUAAUGGAGAGCAGCCAGACGUUCCAUCCCUCAUCGCAAAGGUUAAUUCAUUCUCCGAUUCUCGGUGCCAGUCAGGACCAGGCAGUAGUGCAUCUGUUAGCUGGGUUAGAGGAAGACGGGUUUGGGAAUGCAAGAUCUCCAUUUGCGCCUGUCAGAUGUUCGCAACAGCAAUCUGCAGGAAGUUUCAGUUACCAGCAGAAUAGUGAUGACGAAGAAAAUGAACCAGAAAUUCAAAAAGAAGAAUUGGAACUCAGUUUAAUAAUGUCUCAACGUUGGGAUGGUGACUUUCCAGAUAAUAUUGGAAAAAUGAGAUUUUCAGAGAAGAAUUUAAGUGACUGUUCGUCUGAGGAAGAUAACGUGUUUUCUGAUAGUCAAGCUGAGUGGCGAGGGAAUCUUUCUAUCCCUCAGCUUGAUGGAGCUGCAGAUGAGAACACUGAUAACACUUUGAAUGAAGAUGGUUCAAGAACUCAUUCUACGUUAGCAGUCCGAGACAAAGUUCUGACAAAGUCAACAUUUCACAAAGAGACUGUGAUGUUAGAAUUGCCAUCAUCUGAUCAUGUUAGACUACAGUACAAUCAUGCAGGUACCACACCUCAUGCACUCGAUGAUUUGAAUGCCACAGAAUUACCUUCUUAUCAAAAUUCAUUCAUUGUGACAAAGAAGCCUGAACAUGCUGUUUCUAACUUAUCGAAUGAAGCCAGUUAUGAAUUAAAAUACAGCACACCUAGCGAAGACCUUGGCUCUCACAAUGUGAAGUUUGUAGAUGCUGAAAUGGUUGGCAAAUCUCCAAGUGCAGUUUGUGAAAAUAAAUGUAUUACUAGUGACUAUGAAAAUCAGGUUCCAGUGCAAACUGAUAAACUUCAAAGGGUAAAGCGUUAUAUCAGCAUUAACUGUGAAAAAAGGUUGUCAUUUACACAUCCAAGAAAUCAAACCAGUGAAGAUGAAUUUCAUAGUAAUUCAACUCUUGAUUGCUUGGUUGGGCGAAUAGCUAAUAAAGUGCCUCAUGCAUCCAAUAAAAAAGAGAACACCAUGUGUGAUAAAUCUUUGAUUCCUCCCAGAGGUGUAAAACAUGGGGUUCAGCUUUUUGAAGGCCAAAGAAGUACAGCAAUAGAUGCUGAAAGCAACACUGCAAAAAAUCAUACUGAACUUAAAAUUAGAUAUGAAGAUUUUCAAGCAACCCAAAGAGAGAGAACUGUAAUUGAUCAGCAUGAGGCACAGUAUACAUUCUUCCCUAGCGUAGUACUUCCUAACUGUCUGAAAUGUCCAGAGAAAAUGUUCAACAGGCCCUCGAAACUUCAAAAACAAGAUGAUCGCAGGUUAAAGCUCAAGUUGAGUAAAAAGAGAUCAAAUGGUAUCCAGCUGACUGAAAAUUCAACAAUUACAAAGGGAACAAGUGCCCAAUCCAGAGAACUGAAUUCUUGUAGCAAUAGGGUACUGCAAAAUGAAAUAUCUCUAGAUCACAAUACAGGGAAAUCUUUAGGUAAUGGAUUUUCUUUAGACUCCCAAAUCUUUAAGGAUGGAUAUCCUGAAAAUAGUCUAGGACAGUCACUUCGAUUGACAUCCAGUAAGUAUACACUCCGAACAAAGCGGAAAGUAAGCUAUGAAACUGAAGAAAACGAGCAUGGUCAAUGCUCAGAAACCUUCAAGACCAGUCCAGCUCGGUCAGAAUGUUCAAAAGUCAAUGAUAACAGUAUUGAUCAUUCUCAGCGAUCACGUAAAAGAAGAAGGCUUAAUAAGAAAGAACCUCCUGUGAUUAUAAAAUAUAUUAUUAUUAACCGAUUCAAGGGUAGAAAAAAUAUGCUAGUUAAGAUAGGAAAAGUGGAUUCAAACGAGGACCAUGUUCUUCUCGAUGAAGAUAAACUGCAAAAAUAUCGCAAAAUUUCACCUUUAAAAGACUGGUGGCCGAAGGUCACUGAACCUCCUGUUGUUGUCAAACCUUUGCUAUCAAUACCUACACCAAAAAGAGGGAAAAAAGCAAAAGUUCAGUCGAGCUUAAAGAAAAGAGCUGGAAGAUUUAAAAAACUACAAAGAAAGGAAAAACUGAAUAUUGCUAACCAAGCUCAAGGGAAAAGAAGUGUAUUUACUAUGAAAAAAGUAGAAUUUUCACCACUUUCUCCUCCUUCGCCCUGCUACAGUGCUGAAGCUGAUGACUGUUCAAUAGAAUAUAAAGAUGUUAUGUACAAACUCGGCUUUAUGUCUGAGAGAAUGCCAAGUCCUUCUAAACUAUCACCACCUCGUUGCUGGUCACCAAGUGAAAUGCAAGGGAAUGGAAUGCUAUCAGUUGUGUCAACAGAAGAUGUGCUGAUAAGAGAGAGUGACCCCUCUGCUUUAAGUAAUUCUAAUUAUUUGUUGCAAGGCAGUAGAAAUCGUGGAAAAAAGCAAUGUUUGAAAUCCAGGAAAAAAUCUCCCUCUAACGCUGGUGCUACAGCUAAAAGGAUGAAAGGACCCCAAAAAGGUAAGCAAGUGGCAGUUGGUGAAAAAGAUGAACAGAAGGUAAAGCAGCGCAAGAAAACCAGAAAAAGAUGGACCCGGAAACCAAAAAAUGUAGUUCCAUAUCUUGCUGCGAAGCAAGGAACUUUGCAAAGUUCAGAAUCAAAUGAGCAUGAGGAAAGCUCUGAGCCUAUCGACACAGAACCGAACUCCUCCUGUAAAGAACAAUCAAUUGGAAGGUUUUGUGGAAAUUUUGAAAAUGUGCUUGCUGUAGAAUCAGAUCCCAUUUCCAAGACUGAUGAGCAACCCAACAUUCCUCUUAGCCUCUGUUCGACAGGGCACCUUCCUUCAACACAGCCUUAUUCUGAAGAAAUCCAAGGAGAUUCUGGGGGCUACUAUUGUUCGUUGCUGGAAGUUGAUGAUAGCACCAAUUUGCACGAUUUCCCUUAUCCGCCAGGUGAACAAGUCUCGGAUACACUGUCUCAGUUGGCAACGUGUUCUCAGUCCCAGUUGCAUUCCAGCCUUCCUUUCAGUCUCAGUAAAACAAGUCCUUCUUGUGUGCAGCCUGAGUCUAUUUAUAUGUUGGAUAACAAGGCUCAAAUAACUGAGAAUUUUCAACUAUCGAUGGACACUAACCUUGAACCACAGACAACACUGGCUGUUCCUCAGAAUCAGCGGUGUUUUGGUCAGUUAACAGCCUCUUCCACAGUUCAACAUCAUCCGCAGUCUUUACAGUACUCCCACUUGCCAGUUCACUCAACCGAAGACAUUUUUAGGAUACAGAGGAGCAAUUCAUCGCAGCCGAGGUCACAGAUUAUGUGCCAAACAAAGGCUGAUGGUGGUCAGCAUAUUUCUGAAGCUAGAGAGAUUCAAAAUGGAGAGAAUGCACAAACACUUAAAUCUCACCAGAAAUCUACGUUAUCUCAGUCAGAGCUUGAGAUUGAUGGCAAAGUAAAUCAUUCAUUUCAACAAUUCCAGCAAUCCAAAGCUCAUCAGCAAUCAAAAUCUGCUCUACUUAUUUCUGAGGUAAAUCAACAAUCAGCAUAUUCGCAAGGAAACAAUGGUAUGGAUUUACCUCGCAGGAUUUCUCCAGUCGAAAAUGAAAAGGAUGGCCAUUGUCUUAAUUUUAUUUCAUGUAGCCAAACUAAGUUAGUGAAAAAAGUUGUGGAAGGGGAACAAGAAACCACCAACAUUUUAGAUAUAUCUGACUUCACUCCUCCCAGAAUAAAGCAGAGGUCAGUGUCUGAAACCUUCUUGGACGCAAAUAUUGCACCCUACUCUCAGAAAUCUGAACACUGUCAGAGAAUGGAUAGCCAAGCCCCUUUUAGCGGUACUCAGUCUAGUCUCACUGUUUUGCGCGAAUUACUACAGAAAAGGCAACAAAAAACACAAGAAGGCAAUGUUCAAGCUCCUUCACCAAAAGCUGUGUUUCACAGAAGUGUUUCUUGUCCAAAUGAGCAAAAUGAAUUCAAUAAAAAUUCUGCUGGCACAGACUUUCCUGGUCUUCUCCCUGUUGCUCAUUCAAAGUGCCAAAAGGAUGCUGCUUCUAAAAAAAUGAAAAACGCAAGAAGUGCAAAUAUUAUACAAAAGAAAACCAAAACCUCAAAAAGAGUACCACCCAAGAAAUCUCAAACUUCUCAAUCCAAUUGUCCUUUUUCUGAUGACAACCCUGUUUUCCAUUCUGAUGCUGGGUUUGAUAGUUACAGUUUUGACAGCUUAUCACCAGAACUUCCUCCGUCUUACAAUUUUGAUAUCAAUACUGUUGGACAAACCAGGUAUUGCACUGUAUAUUCUGGCUGCCAGUUCAUGCCAGCUGCUGAGCAAAAUCUGCCUCAAAAAUUUUUGAGUGAUGUCCAAGAAUCUGUUCCAACCCAGGCAGUAAUAGAAACUUGUGGAUACAAGUCCCAAAGCAGUAAAGUGCAGCACUCUGACCAAAUACAUCAGCCAUCAACCAAUGCUGAGUGGGCCAGAUCUGGCUCAGUCAGCCCUGAUCUGUUUGAAAAGUCCUUUUUAGACAGUGAAGAGAAGUUGAAACAAUUAAAUAAAAGUUUUGACAUGCCAGUUCAAAGUGUUCUGUCAAACUCUUCUGAAUCAUCUAGCACCCAUUUGUCUGGAAUGUCUCUUGUUGAGAUGAAGGAUCAGACUUCCAAUCCUUGCCAUGAUUCUUUGGAGAAUGGAACUUCCUGCAGCCCAAUAAAGUCAUCCAGUAGUCAACUAAUGCUGUUAGAUGAAGGAAGUGGAAGAGAAUGUGACCGAUCUGACGUGUGUUUGUCUGCCCUUUCGACUGGUUCGAGUCCAAAUGGAGCUAUAGGAUUUGUUGGUGAUGACAUUACAGCAAUAAGCUGUGAAGAUCCAGAGCUUUGUGCUUCUAAAUAUAGUAAUGGUUCACCAGCAACGUCUCAUAGUUCUCCAGCAUCUGUCAAUUCACCAUUACAAACCAAACAUAGCUGUUACAUUAGCCGCACGUCAGGUGCUCACAUUCUAAAGCCUUUAAUGUCACCACCAAGCCGAGAGGAAAUCGUGGCAACGCUGUAUGAUCAUAAUCUGGCAGAAAUUGUCUACCAAGAACCAUUCUGCAGCGAUCCUUCAGAUGCUCCAGAAAAGCCCAGGGAGAUAGGAGGACGGGUUUUGAUAGUUGAAACCAGGUUGCCCACUGACCUACCGGAGUUUGAUGGAGAUUUUUCAUUGGAAGGACUGCAGUUCUGGAAGACAGCCUUAUCAGCGAUGACGCAAAAUGCUCGACCUGGCUCUCCUGCUUUUACGGGGAGCAGGCAUACUACUGGUCAAAAAAUAAGGGUUGGUCUAGGAACUUCUGAAGACCGGAAGAUUGUAAUCCUGCCUUGUAAAAGUCCACCUGGUUUACAACGAGUGCAAUUGUGGCUUCAGGCGAAAAGAGAAUAUGAGAACUCAAAGAAACGUUCAAAAAAUCAGCUUGGUCUAACAGAGAAUGCCAACCAGAAUCAGUGCUUGCAGAUUUCACAAGACCAUGAGGCUUCUCCAGAUGGAGAGUUAGCAAUAGCAAUUCCUGCUGAUCCUGACCAAGAGCAAGGUGGAGGACAUGUCCAGAUAAGUGAACCUGCUGCCUCUCCUGAAACAUUGCACUUAAAAACUCCAGAACAGGACAGCUUGAAACCUCAGUCUCCAACAGGCCAAUUAACAAAAGGAAUGAAGCCAUUUGAAGACGAUGAUUACUAUCGUGCGUACAGUUCACCUGAUUCACCACUGCUGUCUCCAUGGCAGCAGCCAGCUUCUCCUAAUGCAGGACAGUGGGAACCAAAUGAAGAUGGAGACAUGAGUAGGCCAACACUGGCCUUCAGCACGGAGAUUGCAGCAGAGGACUGCCCAUCACCAAACAACAGUGUGCCUUCAGGUGCUCCACAGGUUGAUAACAAUCAACUGGCAAGAUCGCCUCUUCAGUCUAAAACAAAAGCUGCUGAAAAUUCUGCAUCAGUUCUGCAUAGUACCCCUGUCUCCCACAAGGUUAGAAAUGAUGGAAUUCCUGAUGCGCUUUACUGUACUCCUAUACAAAUGGAGCCCAGGAUUCAGAAGACCAGUCAGAGAAGAGGAAGUAAUUCUGAUUCCUUGAGGCGAGUACUACUGACCACUCAACUCAAGAACCAGUUUGCCUUUCAGUCUGCUAAGAAAAGCACGUCUCAGAUAGAAGGACCAACUCUGAACAACACUUACGGCUUCAAAGUCAGCCAACAAAACCUCCAGGAGGCAAAAGCUUUGCACGAGGUGCAGUAUCUUGUACUCAUGAGUAUGGAGUUGCAUGCUCGCUCAAGACGUGAUUUGGAGCCCGACCCUGAAUUUGAUCCAAUCUGUGCCUUAUUCUACUGUAUGUCUUCUGAUUCACUACUUCCACAAACAAACAAAAGUGAGGUUAUUGGUGCUAUAGUAAUUGAUAAGGACCAUACCUGCUCCAACAAAGACAUCACCUCUUCUGGACUGUGGAACAAAGUCCCAUUGCUCGUUAGAUCUGGUGUCACAGGUCUCCAAGUUUCCUAUGUAAAUGAUGAGAAGGAACUGUUUCAAGAACUCAUUCUUAACAUUAGAAGGUAUGACCCUGACAUUCUGCUCGGAUAUGAAGUUCAGAUGCAUUCUUGGAGUUACCUUUUUCAGCGAGCUGCUGCACUAGAAUUUGAUCUUUGUCGGAUGGUCUCCCGUAUUCCAGAUGACAGUAAAGAAAAUCGAUUUGCCACAGAAAGAGAUGAAUUUGGUGCAACUGCCAUGUCGGAGAUAAACGUUGCAGGAAGGAUCAUUCUGAACGUUUGGAGAAUGAUGAGGAAUGAGGUUGCUCUCAACAAUUACUCUUUUGAGAAUGUAGCUUUUCAUGUUCUUCACCAGCGUUUUCCACUCUUUUCUUGUCGUGUCCUAUCUGACUGGUUUGAUAAUAAGACUCAUGUACACAGGUGGAAAAUGGUUGACCAUUAUGUUUGCCGUGUGCGUGGAAACGUACAGUUGCUGGAACAACUGGAUUUGAUUGGAAGGACGAGUGAAUUAGCACGAUUAUUUGGCAUCUUGUUCUAUCAUGUGCUGACAAGAGGUGCACAGUAUCGUGUGGAGUCCAUGAUGCUGCGUGUUGCCAAGCCAAUGAACUACAUUGCUGUAACUCCCAGUAUUCAACAGCGAUCUCACAUGAGAGCUCCUCAGUGCAUUCCUCUUGUGAUGGAACCCGAAUCUCGCUUCUAUAGCAACUCUGUCCUGGUUCUGGAUUUUCAGUCCCUGUACCCUUCUAUUAUUAUAGCCUACAACUAUUGCUACUCUACGUGCCUGGGUAGUAUUGACUACCUUGGAAAAGAUGAAGAAUUUAAAUUUGGCUGCAUUUCCCAGAAAGUGCCUCCAGAGUUGCUUCACCGGCUUUGGAAUGACAUCACUAUAUCACCAAAUGGAGUGGCCUUUGUUAAGCCAUCUGUGCGGAAAGGUGUGUUACCAAGCAUGCUUGAAGAGAUACUGAAAACCAGAAUAAUGGUUAAACACGCAAUGAAAGCCCACAAGAAGGACAAUGCCCUUACGAAACUGCUUCAUGCUCGACAGCUGGGUCUAAAACUCAUUGCCAACUUCACUUAUGGUUACACUGCUGCUAACUUUUCUGGAAGAAUGCCAUGUGUUGAGAUUGGUGAUAGCAUUGUUCUCAAAGCAAGAGAGACCCUUGAACGUGCAAUAAAGCUGGUCAAUGAGACAAAGAAGUGGGGAGCUCAUGUUGUGUAUGGAGACACUGACAGUAUGUUUGUGCUGUUGAAAGGAGCAACCAAGGAGCAGGCCUUCAAGAUUGGACAGGAGAUUGCUGAUGCUGUGACUGCCACAAAUCCAAAGCCUGUGAAAUUGAAAUUUGAGAAGGUUUACUUGCCUUGUGUUUUGCAAUCAAAGAAGAGAUAUGUUGGUUAUAUGUAUGAGAGUUUAGACCAGAAAGAUCCUGUUUUCGAUGCCAAGGGUAUCGAAACUGUGCGGAGAGACUCCUGCCCUGCUGUCUCCAAGAUUCUAGAACGCUCGAUAAAGCUGUUGUUUGAAACAAGAGAUAUCAGUCAAAUCAAAAGAUAUGUCCAGAAGCAAUGCACAAAGGUACUAGAAGGGAAGGCCAGCUUGCAGGACCUGACUUUUGCCAAAGAGUACCGGGGGAGUGACUCAUAUCGUCCAGGGGCAUGUGUCCCUGCCCUUGAGCUAACCAGGAGGAUGCUGUCAUAUGAUCGGCGCUCUGAACCUAGGGUAGGCGAGAGAGUCCCUUACGUCAUUGUGUAUGGAGUGCCCGGGGUGCCUCUCAUUCAGCUCGUCAGGCGACCGAUUGAGGUGCUGCAGGACCCCAGCUUGAGACUGAAUGCUACUUACUAUAUCUGCAAACAGAUCCUGCCACCCCUCAACAGGGUCUUUUCUCUGAUUGGUAUUGAUGUUUUCAGCUGGUACCAUGAGUUACCCAGGGUCCAAAAGGCAUUUUCAACAGCUCGCAAUGAACAAGAUGGUCGUAAAGGAACGAUUUCCCAGUAUUUCACCACCCUGCAUUGUCCAGUAUGUGAUGAGCUGACUCAGCUGGGCAUCUGUAGCAAGUGCCGGAGCAACCCUCAGCAAGUCGCAGUGAUCCUUCAUCAAGAAAUUCAAGAAUGGGAGUGGAAACAGUCUCAGCUGCUGAAGAUUUGCAGGAAUUGCACAGGCAGUGUGGAUAGACAAGUUCAAUGUGUCUCGUUGGAUUGCCCAGUCCUGUAUAAGCUGUUUAGCGUCAACCGUGACCUUACAAAGGCCCCUUACCUUCGUCAAUUGUUGGAUCAGUUUUAACAACUCAAAUACACUCAAAGCAUUGGCUGGUGCUCACUUCAGUUUUUGCUCAUCUGCAUUUUUAUUGUGUGUCAUUGUGAGCUUCUCAUGAUGGCAAAAGCUGAGCUUUUAUAGCCAACCGGAUUGAAAUGUUUGCAUAUCUCCUUUUUGAGUGUGAACAUCACGGUAUUUGUUGCAGUGCAAAGGAAGAGUCUAUUAGUUAACUGUUUCACUUGUUGGGAAAUCAUUUUUAAAAUACAUUUGUGAACCUGUGUCAUUUCCAUAGUGAUGGAUGAUUGAACAGCCCUGUAAAUAAGUGUACAGUCAUAUUUCAUAUGCAAUUAUGGUAAAUGGAGUUCUGAUCUAUGGGCACUGAAAUGUGGGUAAUUUACAACUAUGGUGCAAAUUUCAAGCUGCAUAUGUUUACAGAUGAUUUUCUACUAUAUAUUGAAGUUUUUUAUGUGUUGUAUGUUUUAACAACUUUUCUCAAUUAUAUAUUUUUUAUUUACCUUUUCUGAUGGUUGCUUUCUUUAGUGUGCAUCGUAGUGAACUUACAGUCCAAAAUGUAGCAGUUUGUUAAAAGCACUGUCCUGUUAUGUUUCUGGGUGCUUUGCUCCAAUAACAAUCAUGGCUAGAAAACAUUUUGGAAACAGUGCUGUGUGGGGUUGUUGCAAUAUCUUGAUUAUUUAUUGGGAUUAUAAAUGGCACUUCAUAUCCUUUUAAAAUUUAUAUUAUUUUCAAAGAAAAGCUAACAGUUUCUCAUUAUGUCAAGUCUGAUUUGCCAAAAUUUGUACAAAUGAGGUUUUUUUUGAAUUGUUGUAAAGUUGUAUGGAAAUAUAAAGGAAUUAUAUGGUCCUGUUUAUUUUGUAGCUUCUGUUUUGUUGGACUCUACAAU